UUUGAUUUCAACAGUAGAAGAAAGUAACCCAGUAAAUAAGUUCAAGAUAGCAUUAUGUCUUUGGCUUCGAAUCUGCAGAAUAUAUUGGGACAGCUCCAGAUCAAGGACAAUGAUCGUGCCAAAUAUACAUCAGAUGCAGUGGCAAUUUGCAAUGUUGCUGAUCCAAACUUCCGUGAUGACUUUAAUGGACUCAACCUAGCUGGCAGCUACUUAGAUCGCGUGAAACUGAAGACCCCCGACGAAUUUGAUAUGCAAAUGAAAUUAAAGUUUCCAUUUCAAGUUACACCCAAAAAAGACGAUCAACGCGCAGGCUUUGUCUAUUUGGCAGCCCCGGGUGGUAACAGACAUCCGGCAGUCGAAAAUGGCUACGUUAACAGAAUAUCAUUGCAAAAUUGGCUGCGUAAUGCAUUUCGGAAGGUAUUCAGUUCGUAUAGCAGGUUUAUCGUAAAUGGCGAAGCCUACAAUCUUGAGUAUCUGCUAGAAGGAUAUGGAUGUGCCCACACCAUAGUCGCUAAAAAUAAAGAUAGAGAAAUAGCAUUCGAUUUUGUUCCAGUUGUCGAGUUCUCCUAUUCGGACUGGCCAUUACCGGCCCCAUCUGUGUCUCGUGAAGUGCGAGAGUAAUGGCCCUGGUUUGCCGUACCACAACAAUAGGCACCUGCUUCGGAUAUCACGUUCAUGGUCUGCGCACCACACUGGGAGCGCGAAAUGAUGAAGGGCAAGGAUAAUUUGAAGAACGUGUUGCGCCUGAUGAAGGCUAUGCGUGAUGCUCACAAAGAUGUUAUGCCCAAGUUGUCCAGCUAUAUGCUCAAGACCGUUAUUCUUCUAGAGCUGGAGAGGGCAACAAGUAGAUUCUGCCAACAAGAUCUGGUCACAAUCUACAUUGCCAUGUGGACCAAAUUGGUGGAGUAUUUACGGAACGAGGAACUUCCAUUUUUCUUGGCAAACGAUUGCAAUCACUUUGAUCGUUUGAAAUAUGCCGAUAAUUUGGCAAAAUGCAAGCGAGUCGCUGGAAUUCUAUUGCAGAAGCUCAAUUCAUUGAGCAAUUAUUCCAGCUACAACGAUGUAGCUAAACUUUUUCUUUAAUUGACAAUUGUACUUAAAGUGCAUUGCAAUCCAAAUAAAACUCUUAUAUCCAAAUA